AUGGAAGCCGAGAAGUCUGAUGUAUUUAAGGAAAGUUUACUUUCUGAUGCCACUGACGGUAAAUUGAAUAGUUUUAAUGACAAUGUCUCUAAUGUUACAUGUAUGAAUGAUAUUGACAGCUGUGUUGAUGAACUUUCGAAUAUACUUGACGGAGUAGCCUCCCCUUUAUUUAAACGCAACUUAAGUGCCAAUUCUUACAAAAAUGACUAUGUAGAUAAUAAAUGGUAUACAUCAGAGUGUGAAGAAAAAAGGCUUUCAUUGUAUAAUGCUUUAAAUAUGUAUAGGUCUAAUAAAAGUGAAGUAAAUAGAUUAGAUAUGGUAUGUAAAAGAUUGCAGUACAAAGCAUGUAUACGCAAAGCUAGACUUAAUUAUGACAGAAGUGAAACACAGAAGUUGUUAGAUUCUAGAAAGAAAAAUGCUAAAUUAUAUUGGAAAAUGUUAAAGGGUGCUGCUGGAGUAAAAGAUGCAAAUAUAUCCCUUGAUACUUUUGAAAAAUAUUUCAGGUCUGUUAAUAAUCCCGAAGACAGAUUUUUUACCCCGGAUGACGAUAUAUUGUAUUUUAUGGAGCGAUAUGAAAAUAAUGAGUUUAAUAUUAUGUUUGAGGAACUUAAUGUUCCGUUCACUAAUUCAGAUAUUAUUACGGCUAUAAAACAGUUGAAAAAUAAUAAAAGUGGCGGUCUGGAUUUAUACUUAAAUGAAUUCUUCAAAAAUGGCAAAGAUGUGAUAGUUCAGUAUGUUCUUCCAUUAUUUAAUAAAAUAUACGAUAUAGGAUACUUUCCUACUGUUUGGUCUGAGGGAUAUGUCAUCUCGCUUCAUAAAAAAGGCAGUAUCAAUGAUGCCAAUAAUUACAGAAGAAUCACUCUACUUAGUACGUUGGUGUAA